AUUACUACGGAGUAGUAUAUCAGCCAAAGUGGCCCUUCUCGUCCUUUUCCAGUAGAGAGAGAGAGGAGUUCUCUUGGUUGUCAUUGAGCUGAGACUUCAUUAUACGGAUUCAAAUACCAGUUUCUUCAAACCCUGAAGGCAAGAUAACGACGACCACCACCACCAUGUCUCGCGUGUGCUCGCAGUGCGGACACAACGGCCACAACUCCCGCACCUGCCCAGACGGCAGCGGCGGAGGAAAUGGUGGCGCGGUCGCCUCCGCCGCCGCCGCCAACGGCAUCAUGCUAUUCGGUGUCCGAGUCACGGAGGGAUCGUUCAGGAAGAGCGCGAGCAUGACCAAUCUGGCCCAGUACGAGCAGACUCAGGACUCCACCGCCGAUGUCAACGCCGGUUACGCCUCCGACGACAUCGUUCACGCCUCCGCCAGGAGUGGUGAGCGCAAGAGAGGAGUACCGUGGACGGAGGAGGAGCACAGGCUUUUCUUGUUAGGGUUGCAGAAGGUAGGGAAAGGCGAUUGGAGAGGGAUUUCGAGGAACUUCGUGAAGACGCGUACACCUACUCAAGUGGCAAGCCAUGCUCAGAAGUAUUUUCUCCGUCGAAACAACCAUAACAGGAGGCGCCGGAGAUCUAGUCUGUUCGACAUCACCACCGAUUCUGCGUUUAGGGGUAGCGCUAUGGCUAUGGAAGAAGAUCAAGGUCACCAAGAAGCCAUACCACACCAACCACCACUGCAGCCACAUGUAUCCAACAAUCUUGGAGGAUAUCCGGUGUCGGCUUUUCCGGUGACACUCAGUCCAGUCGGGUUACCCAUCAUCAAUGAGAACUGCACAGAGGGUCUCACAUUACUUCAAAGCAAUGAAGCGAACAUUUCACCCAAGCUGGUCCGGUCAAUUCCCACUCCUCCCGUACCUCCAUCCUCAAAAAUGGCAGAACUCAACUUGAACAACAACACAUCCACCACCGACCCCUUGUCUCUAUCCCUGAAGCUCCCUGCAUCACCAUCAUCGUCGUCCGAUCAGCCUGCAAGACACGGGUCGGGUUUUCAGGCAAUGUCCGGGAGCAGCUUCAAGAGCAGUAGUGGGGAUAGCAUCAUUAGUGUUGCUUGAUGGAAUAUAAUAAUAAUCACUGCUGGGUUUGUAAAGGGGGUUGAAGAUUAAAGUUUGGAUUAGUUAGGUUGGGAUUUAGACAUAAAGAUUAGGUUAUUAGAUUAUUAGGUGAUUCCUUUUAUUGUACAGGGUUAGAGACAAAUAUUUAUGAAAGAUGUCCUGUCUUUUCCAGUGGGUUGGGGUUCAUGUUUAUUAUGACUGGUCCUUUAAUGUGGUGUGGUGAUUUCAGCACCUGGUACUCUUUGUUAUGUGGUCUCCUUUUGGUUCUUUUUCAACUUCAUCUUUGAAAAAUAUCUCUGUUUUGGAUA